AUGGCACCGCUUGCUGUGAUCGAGAAAUCCAGUUUCUACCCGUCAGACGCCUUCUCAGCGCAGUGGGAACUGGCGCACGACGGUCUGGCCUUCAUGUUGGCGCUCUUUGGACUAGUUUACAGAUACGCCAUCCGCGGUGACGGGAACCCUCAACUAAAGCAGGGUGUUCUUGGCGCGUUUGUCAUCACCCGAGCAUGGUCAAUGCUGCAAGCAAGUGACAGUUGCAGUGCACUUCCCCUUUCUUGCGGAGCGCCCUUGAGCUACUUUAACUGGGAAAUGAUUCUACAAGGCUCUGGCGCUGCUGUUGAGAGUGUGCUGGCAUUUGGAGCAGCAGCUGUUGCGAUGGAGUUCGGGUUCUCAAAAGGCUGGGUGAAGAAGUUUCCCUCGAACUAA